GCAUCUGCCAGUAGCUAAGAUGGCUGCGGAUGAGCAUUGUGUGAGGGGCAGAUUUGUUGUGGUGGGCGGAGGCAUUGCUGGAGUUACCUGCGCAGAACAAUUGGCGCUGCAGUUUCCCUCAGACCGCGUCCUUCUGAUUACAGCAUCUCCCCUUAUUAAGGCUGUCACAAAUUUAAAGCAGAUUUCUAGACGGUUAGAGGAGUUUGAGGUUGAAGAACAAGCGAGCAGUGUGUUGGAAAAACAGUAUCCAAACAUAAAAGUUGUGCAGUCUCCAGUGAGCGAGCUGAAUAGUACGCAUCAGACAAUCCUCACUGAAGAUGGCACACAAUAUUUAUAUGAUAAGCUCUGCUUGUGUGCUGGAGCCAAACCCAAGCUGAUCGCUGAAGGCAAUCCCUAUGUACUGGGAAUCCGUGACACUGAAAGCGCCCGGACAUUUCAGAGACAUAUCACCAAAGCCAGGCGUGUACUAGUUGUUGGAAAUGGGGGCAUUGCUCUUGAGCUUGUGUAUGAAAUUGAAGGUUGUGAAGUCAUUUGGGCCGUAAAGGAUAAGUCGAUAGGCAAUACCUUCUUUGAUGCCGGAGCUGCAGAAUUUCUGAUUUCUCAGCUGAAAUCUACGAAGCCAGAGAUCCCUGUUACCUGUAAAAGGAUGAAGUACACAACAGAAGCCGCUACAAGCAAACCUGGCAGUCUCGGCAGCGCUUUAGGUCCAGACUGGCAUGAGGGUCUGAAUCUAAAAGCUACAGAACAGUUUUCUCAUCGUGUCCAUAUUGAGCCAGAGUGUGAGAUAAAGCAAAUUUACAAUCACAAAGACUUUGAGUGUUUGGGCGUCACAGCUUCAAUGUUUCCAACAAGAGAAAAUACUGAGUGCGGCUCUGCGGCUGCAAAUGCUCAGUGGCCUGUGUAUGUGGAAUUAACCAAUGGUAAAAUCUACGGCUGCGAUUUUCUGGUUAGUGCUACGGGUGUGGUCCCCAAUGUUGAUCCGUUCAUCUGCGGUAAUAAUUUUGAUUUAGCAGAUGAUGGGGGUUUGAAGGUAGAUGAGCAAAUGCGCACAUCACUGCCGCACAUCUUCGCAGCCGGUGACAUUUGCACUGCAUCCUGGGAGAUCAGCCCACUGUGGCAGCAGAUGCGGUUGUGGACCCAGGCGCGGCAGAUGGGGUGGUACGCGGCCAAGUGUAUCGCAGCUGAGGUCCAAGGGGAAGCCAUUGAGUUGGAUUUCUGCUUUGAACUUUUUGCUCACGUCACUAAAUUCUUCAAUUAUAAAGUCAUUUUGUUGGGCAAGUACAAUGCUCAGGGUCUUGGGAAUGACCACGAACUGAUGCUGAGGUGUACAAGAGGGCUGGAAUAUGUGAAAGUCGUAAUGCAGAACGGACGGAUGAUGGGAGCCAUAUUGAUUGGAGAGACAGACUUGGAAGAAACGUUUGAAAACUUAAUCUUAAAUCAAAUGGAUCUCUCAGCUUAUGGAGAAGACCUGUUGGAUCCCAAUAUUGAUAUUGAAGAUUACUUUGAUUAAAAACCUUUAACAUGACAAACUAUAGAGAAAAAAGUGAAAUAUUUUAUUUUAAUAAUUUAAUUUGUCUAAAGGUAUUGAUUAGCCACCAGUGUGAAUAUUAUGGUGGUAAGUCACAUUGUAAAUAAAUAUACAUAACCAUCUUGAA